UUGGCUCCCAGCGGUGGCCCCCCGCCAGCCCGAUCCGCCCUCCCGCCAGCGCCCCAGCGUGGCUCAGAUGGCGGACCCGGCGGCCGGCGCCGCGGCGGGCGGGGACCCCCAGCGGGAGCAGGUGCUCGCCAACUAUGUGAAGAAGGUGCAGGAGCACCGUGAAUUCGAGUCGCGGGUCAAGAAGUUGAGGGAGACCGUCAGGGCCAACAGCGUGGACUUCGACAAGACUGAGGACCACCUGAAGGCGCUCCAGAGCGUGGGCCAGAUCAUCGGCGAGGUGCUGAGGCAGCUGGACGAGGAGCGCUACAUCGUCAAGGCGUCAAGCGGGCCGCGCUACGUCGUGACGUGCAAGGUGAAGAUUGACAAGAGCAAGCUGGUCUCUGGCACGCGGGUCGCCCUCGACAUGACCACGCUGACCAUCAUGCGGUACCUGCCGCGCGAGG